GCUAAGUUCAAUACAAGAUGAUCUUCAUGGAGAUAAUCAAUUGAAAAUCGGUCUUAGUGUAAGUGCUGUUUCUAUGCAAGUCAGAAAUUGCUCUUUUCAAAACAGUGCUAUUUAAAUUGGAACACACAGAGCAAUGUUUGUGAAUAGCAAUUUCACUUCAACAAAACAAAUGGGAUUAUUUAUAAGAAAUGCAAAUACAAGUAUUGACAUCGAAAAUUGUGCUUUUGUUAAAAAUAAUAAUAUUGCUAUUGUGAUAGCGAAUACAGGACAGAUCAUAUCAAUAUCCCAGACAAUAAUACGAGAAAACAAUAAUGGAAUCGUACUAUUGGGUCAAAACUAUGACACAGUUUUAGAAUUGAGGAGCUGCCUUUUUCAAGAGAAUGUUGGAGUUAGUUUAGGAAUUAUUGACCUGGUGUUUAAUACUAUUCCUCCAAGAAGCACUGCUACGAUUGAUGCGUGUAAUGUUACAUUCUAUAACAAUGAGCAUAUAAGUUCACAUCAAGCUGGAAUAGUUCAAGUUGAUGCAAGCGUCCAUGUACUCAUUGGAGACCUGUGCAAUUUUGAGAACAAUAGAGGAAGUUCAAUACGAGCAUUCACAAGCAAUGUAAGCUUACAAGGAAGUGUUACAUUUCAAAACAAUACUGCAUAUCAGGGUGCUGCUAUUUCACUCACCUCCUCAAUGCUUAUAUUGGAAGGAGGUACAGAUACAGUGAUUGUAUUUAGAAACAACAGUGCUGAGUAUCUUGGUGGGAGCAUCCACAUUGAUCAUCCCGUGUACACUGACUCUAAAUCAGGGUCUGCUUGCUUUUAUAAGCUCCCAAAAGCUGCAAUCGAUAAACUGACUGACUUAGAGAUUAACAUCAGCUUGGUUUUCAACAACAACACAGCACAGUAUGGUGGAUAUGACAUUUAUGGGGCAACUGUUGACAGCAACUGUGUGGUGAACCUUGAUCAAAAAGACCGUCAUACUCAUAGUAGUGUCGAUAUACAAGAAAGAAUAUUCAAAUUCGACAGAGAUGCUAAAUAUAGCAUAAAGUUAUCUUCAACCACUACAGACCCCAGAAGAAUAUGCCUAUGCAAUAAUGCUGAGAGAAUUGUCUGUGCAAAUUUAACAUCAAUUUUCUACGAUAUUGAACAGUACCCUGGGGAAACAUUUCAUAUUCCGUUAAUUGUAGUUGGUCUUGGCUUUGGAGCAGUAUACGGCACCAUGUACGCUAGACUAUUGCCAACAACGAACAACACAGGGUCAUUACUAGGAGACAAUCAAUUAUAUGUAAAAGACGUUAAUCACACAAAAUGCAAUUCGAUUCCAUUCAAGGUGUCUUCUGAGCAACCAGCUGAAACAAUAGUGCUUGCAGUUAAUAACAUACCGAUAAAUCAGCCAGGAAAUACAUCUGCGAUUAAUUCAUCUAUCAAUGACUUCAGCCAAUAUAAGGACAUUGGAGUCAACAAAUGUCACAUAAGUGAGAAUAAAGCAUACAUAAAACGCUCCAGAAACACUUGGGUGAAACCCGUCUUUAAUCCAGAUGGCAUUAUUGGCAGUAUGUACUGUCCUUUCAACUAUUGUGACAAAGGAUCGAAAUUGAAUUUAAAUGACUCCAACUCGCAAUGCUCUCUAGAUCGUAUUGGUAUACUGUGUGGAGGUUGUCCUUCUAAUUUCAGCUUGGUUAUUGGCAGCUCAAGAUGUCUACCGUGUUCGGACAACUAUGGUAUGCUACUAGUGCUAGCUUUUGCAGUCAUGGGCAUUGUUCUUGUAUUCUUUAUUAAGAUUCUAGACUUGACAGUCACAACUGGGACGAUUAAUGGCCUAUUGUUUUAUGCCAACAUUGUUUGGGCAAAUCAAAGUGUGCUGUUUCCUCCACAAAACGAAACUAGCACUUUGCUGAUGGUUCUAAAGGUAUUUAUGGCAUGGCUGAAUCUCGAUUUUGGUAUUGAAACUUGCUUCAUUGAACAUCUUGAUGGAUACUGGAAGACAUGGCUUCAAUUUGCUUUUCCAAUCUACAUCUGGUCCUUAGCUGGUUUGAUUAUAGUUGCUUCUCACUAUUCGACUAAGAUCACACAAUUUCUUGGUAAAUGGGAAAAUGUUUUGGCAAGUCUUUUUCUCAUAGCGUACGCUAAACUAUUGCGUACUAUUUUUGUUGUGUUGGAGUUUAUGAUACUAGUAGCCCCCAAUAGCAAUAAGCUAGUUUGGUCUUUUGAUGGUAAUGUUGCUUAUUUUGGCCUAAAACACGGUGUUUUGUUUGCUGUUGCACUAGCUAUUUUGCUGUUUCUAUGGCUACCAUACACAAUCGUACUACUAUUUGUUCAGACCUUUCGAAAAUAUUCUGACCGUAAGUUUCUAGGAUGGGUGAAUAGAUUGAAGCCCAUGUUUGACUCUUAUUUAGGACCACUCAAAAACGAUCAUCAAUACUAGGUAGGGCUAUGCCUUUUAACUCGACUCGUUCUGCUAGUGGUCACUUCUAUUUUACUGACUAUAGCACCUUACAUCACUGCAGUGCUUAUCAUAAUUGUGUCCAGCAUACUUUGUGUAUUUGCCUCGACUGUGUAUAACAAAUUGCUUCCAAC